GUGUCACGUAAAGUCUCUAAGUUCAUUUGUCACUUCAGUCUAUGCUCGAGUUAUCAGUCGAGUCGUCAUGCAAAGUGCUAACUAUUGAGUCAAAGUAAUCGCUAAGGAAUCCAAUGUCUUUGCCUGCUUAAUCAAAAGAUGGAUCUUCUAGGUUCCUGUGUUGGUUUUCUAGUUUUCCUUCAAGUAUUCAUGGCUGUUAUUCAAGGAGGGGAAAUAAACAUUACAAAUACAAGUUGUAUCAGUGCYCAUCCACCUGUCAAUGACAGUUUGUUGAAACGAGAUUGUCGACCUUACAUGUUUUCUAAUGGAUACUGUAAGCACAUUAUUGGAAAUCAUGAGGAAUUGUAUGGCAGUGAAAAUUACCAGAUAAAAAGGGAAAAAUCCUAUGAAAGGAUAUUCAUUGGAAAGCAAAAGAUAGAGAAAUAUCGAAAGGUAGAAGUGCGGGAUUCCUGCUUGAAAGUAUAUCUCGAAGAAACUUGUCAAGGAAAAUUUCCAAAAUGUGACAAAACUACUGAAAAGCCCAUGCCAAGGCCCGUUUGCAAAGAAACAUGUGAUGACUUAAURAAAUUGUGCGACAAGGAGUUUAUAAUGAUAAAAAAUUACAAUCAUAUCUUUCGAAACAUUUCUUUAUCGAAUACAUAUCCACUGUAUUGGGAGUUGCCAGACUGUAAACCUCUGAAGUUAAGAAACGGCGGAGAUGCUCCAGAAUGUUUCUUUAGCAGACGACUUAAYACAGAAACAGACAAACUGGAGACCACAGAUUGUUACUAUGGCAACGGCCUGGGUUACCGUGGUAACGUGAGCGUAACAAGGUCAGGUCACGUGUGCCAAUCCUGGUCAUCUCAAUGUCCUCAUCGUCACGAUCAUCCUUUGUCUGAGUAUCCAGAGCUGGUCAAUGCGUCCAACUGGUGUCGUAACCCUGGAGGUCAAGGACCCCAUGGACCUUGGUGCUACACCACUAAUAGUAGUAUAAGAUGGGAGUACUGUGAUGUAGAGAAAUGCCCUCCUCCAGUUCCAACUAAAGCUCCUAUGAUCCUAGAAGCUUAUUCUUCAGAUCCAUACACAAUAUUUAUAUCAUGGAACAAAGUUCCUUUCUCAUUUAUGCACGGUGAGCCGCGCGGAUUUCGUAUCAUCGUUGGUCAACUUAAUCAAGAGGUAAUAAUGAUCAAUACAACGGGUCCAAACACUACAGCUUUUGAAUUCAACAAUCUCGAGGCCUGGACAAACUAUAGUAUAUCAAUACUGGCUUUCAAUGAUGCUGGGGAUGGACCUUACAGUCGUGUUUAUGUGAAGACGAUGCCUGAAAAAAUCGUCGCAGUUAGAUAUGCAUUGACCGUGAAACGAAAUUUAACCAAGUAUGUUCGGCUAAGAGACAAUGUGACGACAUUUGAGGAGGCUGCAUUCAAGAAGAUGAUUUGGAAAUUAUUCCGUGAUGAUAAGCCAAGUGGGUACCACAUCUACCAAAUAAGAUUCUUAAAUUUCACUAACAGCAGUUAUGAAUUGGAGUUUGACAUCACAGCUGGAUUAAGUGAACGGCCAUCUUGGUCUGCUGCACAAGACAUAACAGGACGUAUUUUAAGAAGUUUUGCUAUAGCUCAAGCAUUUGAAGUGCAUUCUCUUCUUGUUAAAGGUUCUCCGCCACCUCCAGCUAAUCUGAGUAGCACUCACGUGAAAAUGACGACAGUGACACUUCAUUGGCUAACUCCCUUGUAUAAUGAACCAUAUGGAAUCACUAACUACGCUGUACAGUACAAGAAGGCACACACAGACAUGGAGUAUUACGUUGCUGUUACAGUAAAUUCAAAUAUUACAAAAGUAAACGUCACCAGUCUAGACUCAACUACAAAAUACCUGAUGCGUGUAAAGUCUGUUAAUGAUUAUGGGUCUGAGGUAACUGAACCAAUAGAGAUUAAUACUCUAGCUCCGAAAGCCAUUAUCCCCGAACCCCCAUUACUGGUCAUUGCUUUAACUUCCGCAACACUUCUGAGUCUAAUGAUCGGGACUGGGCUUGCGUUUUGGAGAUGGUGGUAUAAGAAGCGCAAAGAAACCAAGGUACUGAAAGACACACUCGAAAAGCUUCGAGACAAUCCAUAUGAAUCAGCUGUGGACUGGUUUGGUGUUCUUAAGAUCAAGAUCACUAAGCAAUGGUGGGAGAUACCACGUGAUGACUUGACACUCGACAAACAUCUUGGGUCGGGAGCCUUUGGUGUCGUAAUAAAAGGAUACUUGACGAAAAGAGAGGAAGGGAAUAACGAACGACGUAUCGCCUGUGCCAUUAAGAUGUUAAAAGACAAUCCAACAGAGCAAGAGUUGCGUGACCUGUGUAACGAAAUCAACAUCAUGUCAUCUGUUGGUGAUCAUCCAAACCUCGUCAGUUUGAUUGGGGCGUGUACCAUAAAUGGUCCACCAUUGUUGGUGAUCAAGUUCGCACCAAAUGGUUGUCUCCAUGACUACUUAAAAGACAGUCGGCCUUUACCUGAUUAUCAAAACACAGGUUACAUGAGGUCAGGUCAAAUGAGAGCAGAAGAAAUAUCCGAGAAAGAGAGGAUGAAGUUUGCUUAUGACAUUGCGCAGGGGAUGGCACACUUGGCGAGAAACAGGUUUGUACACAGAGAUCUUGCAGCUCGGAACGUUUUACUUGGCAAAAACAUGGUGGCUAUGAUUUCUGACUUUGGUUUGUCACGUGAUAUCUAUGAAAGCGGAGCCUAUGAGAACACUGCAGGGGGUUUUCUUCCUGUUCGCUGGAUGGCUCUGGAAUCUCUACAGGAUUACACUUACACCAGCAAGUCAGACGUAUGGUCUUAUGGAGUUGUGUUGUGGGAGAUUCAAAGUGAUGGUCUACUGCCCUAUGCUGGGAUGUCUGGUUCUGAAGUUGUUGAACGACUACGACAAGGACAACGACUAGAAAGACCUAGCAAUACAUCACGUGACAUGUAUGAAAUGAUGUGGCAGUGCUGGAACCCAGAUCCCGACCAAAGACCAACAUUUGCUGAUCUGGUCUAUAAAAUUGGUGGUCUGAUUAAUCUAAGUUUGGAUUACGAAGGAAAAGUACAUAUCCAUCUUAGCAACACUCGAAAUCACGAUGGUAACCACUCCCUGGAUCUCGUGGCCACCUCUCCCAAUGCAUCAACCACUGAAGUCGAGCACAAAAUGCAGGAACCCCGUUAUGGAAAGGUCUUUCCUGAAUUCAAAGACGCUGGACAAAUGAUGAAUAAUUUGGCGAUGGCUGGUGAAUUUGAGAUGUGAAUCAAUAUAUCAAUCAGGCAUGCUAAAAAUGUAUUGUGUGUUUGCAUUUAACAGUUGGAUUCCCCUUACUGGUGGAGGUCCGGAAUUAGAUUAUUAUGGUCUUUGAUUUUUGCGUAGAUAUGUGAUAAUCAAGGUUAAUUUUGACGUCAACAAAACGUUUUUGUUCAGUGGAAAAAAUAGAUUUAGCUUUUUUCUCACUCUUGGCUAUGUUUAUCAAUAGCUAAUAGACUUGAAAAUUAUGCCAUUUACUGAAAAACAACACAACAGAAACAGUGGCAGUAACUGGCAACAGCAUCAGCAACGACAGCAUCAACAACAGCAACAACAACAACACUGAAGCAGUAGCAGCAACAACAGAGCAACAACAACAACAACGAAACAACAGCAGCAGCAACAACAACAACAAUAGCAGCCGUAAUAAUAAAUAACAACAGCAACAACAACAAAGCAAUAYCAGCAACAGCAACAACAAGAACAAAGCAACAACGUACAGCAGCAGCAACAGCAACUUUAAUAAGAGCAUCAAUAACCACAGCUGAAACAAGAACAGCAACCACAAUAACACAACAGAAAAGAUGGCUAUUAUUUAAAAAAAUCAAAAAGGGAUGAUUAGAAAACAAUUUAAAAAUCUAGAUCUAAAACUCUGUUGACAUGAAAAUAUAAAACUCCUUUUUUAAAGGGAA